CACAACUCCCAGAGGCCCUUAUUCACAACCUACUUGUACGCGCACUGCCCAGAGUGCAUUGUUACAUAGGGUAAGCCCGCAUACAAGUUAGAGCGAACAACACUGUCAAGCCCUUGUUACGAUACUGGCCUGAUUCCUGGAAAGAGCUGCGUUGUAUCACGAAGACGUUGCAUUGAUUUUGGCGAGGCGACUGCGCACUUUAUCCAGGUUAACAUGCAGGGCGACGACAUCGUGAUCUCCGGCUUUUCCGCCUACUUCCCGCAAGCGGAUCACAUGGUCGAGUUCAAGGAAAAGCUCUACGCGGGCGUAGAAAUGGUCACCGAGGACGACUUGCGAUGGCCUCCAGGAUACAAUGACAUGCCGAGAGUCCACGGAAAGAUAAAAGACCUGUCCCGCUUUGACGCACAAUUCUUCAGUACACAUCCAAAGCAAGCUCACGUGAUGGACCCACAGUUGAGACUACUACUGGAAACGUCGUACGAGGCCAUCUUAGAUGCUGGUUACGACCCAGAGACUUUGCGGAGACGCAAAAUUGGCGUCUUCAUCGGGAACUCAGCUUCAGAGACAGGCGAAGCAUUCAAGCUGGACCGCACAAAGAUGGAUGGCUACGUCGCACUGGGAUCACACAGGGCUAUGUUUUCCAAUCGAAUUUCCUACUCCCCAUCGACCUGCAAGGUUAAGUAA